AAGGAAAAUAAGCACAAGAAGAAGACGGGAGAGGAAGAGGAGCUAUGGCAGUAAGCUAAUUUGGUAAACAAAAAGCUAGCUGGCCUUUAAAAGCUUGGUGUUAAACAAUGUACCAGUCAAGAUGGGCCAGGCGCUGUGCAUAUGCUCCCGUGGCUCCAUCACCAUUGAUAAUAAAAAAUACUACUUUGUACAGAAACUAGACGAAGGUGGGUUCAGUUAUGUUGAUCUGGUAGAAGGGGUGAAGGAUGGGCACUUCUAUGCCCUAAAGAGGGUCCUGUGCCAUGACCGUGAAGGUCGUCAGGAGGCUCAGACAGAGAUGGAGAUGCAUCAGUUGUUCAACCACCCCAACAUCUUGAGCCUGGUUGCACACGCCUUUGUUGACCGUGGAGGCAAGACUGAAGCCUGGUUACUUCUGCCGUAUAUUAGAAAAGGCAGUCUGUGGUCUGUUCUAGAGAAGCUAAGAGACAAGGGGAGCUCGAUGCCUGAAAAACUGAUUUUGCAAAUCCUGCGUGGCAUCUGCUCUGGACUCAAGGUCAUUCAUGAGAAAGGCUACGCACACAGAGACCUGAAGCCCACAAAUGUGCUUCUGGAUGAGGAUGACAGGCCGGUUCUGAUGGACCUGGGCUCUAUGAACCAUGCCAGAAUUGAGGUUAGAGGAACCAGAGAAGCCAUGACCAUACAGGACUGGGCAGCCCAGCGGUGCACCAUUUCCUACAGGGCUCCUGAACUCUUCAAUGUAGAGAGCCACUGCAUUAUAGAUGAGCGCACUGAUAUCUGGUCGCUUGGCUGUGUGCUUUACUGCAUGAUGAUGUUGGAGGGGCCAUAUGACAUGGUGUUUCAGAAGGGGGACAGUGUUGCCCUUGCUGUCCAGAAUCCAGUGGCCAUCCCACAGUCUUGCAGUUACUCACAGGGCCUUCAGAUGCUGCUGAGCUCCAUAAUGGUGUCAAAUCCCCAGGAGAGACCAAACAUCAACUGGGUUCUUGACCAGGUACAGGACCUGCAGAGUCGCAGCCCCAACACCCAAACCAACAUGGUCUAAUCUUGCAUGGUGCACUGGAUGUGGGACACCUUUGCACACAUAAAGGAACAUCUCUUAAUUUGAGCUUGAAAAUAUUUCUUUUAUUUAUUGAUUUUAGUGUAAAAGCUUAGGUACAGACUUUGACUCAGCUUGGGGGGCUUGGCAACAACAGCUUUUAGUUUGAAUGAUCCUAUGUAGCCUGUGUGUAACAGUGGAGCCUUUUAGUUCUAUAUAGACAAAUUAUCUGAAGAUACUAAAAGGCCUUAAAUGUAAUUUGACCCUGCAAUAUAAUGGUUGUCAAAUCCUUUCUCUAAUAAUGAGCUUGAAAUGCCUUUUCAUUUUCUAAUAAGGAAGUUGCUUUGGCUUGUAUUCUGGAAUAGUUUGACGUUUUUAAAAAUGCUCUUAAUCGCUUUCUUAGUGGAGUUACAUGAGAAGAUGACUAUCACUCUCAUUCUGCGUAAAGCUUGAGCCAGCAGCCUUUUAGCCUAGCUUAGCAUUAAGACUGGAAAGAGAGGGAAACAACUAGCCUGGCUCUGUCUGAGGGUAACAAAAUCAAGCACAUAUUGUGUUUGUUUAAUCCGUACAAAAACCAAAAUGUACAAAUGACAAGCGGUGGUUCUUUACGUGUCGUUAUUGUUUUACAGAUUAGUUUUUUUUAUGGAUUAAACACACAAGACAUUAAGUGUUAAUUAGUGAGUUUUAGAGGGGCUGUAACAGAGAUUGUUCUUCCUUUUGACAGAGGCUAGCUGUUUAUUUUCCUUUUAAAAAAAGAAAUUGUUUCUUUUUUUUCUUUUUAAACUGUAGUUUUCAUUUUUAAUAAGAAAAGGGAUCACAUAAAAGCUUUGCCAAACUUUCUGGUCAAUGAAAGUUACCCGAGUUCAAUACAUAUCUGAUUACAUUCCCAAUCAUAAAAGAAUAUGUUAUCUAUUUUUUUUAUCUUUUAUUCCUUAACUUCCUUAACUUUUCCCCAACAUCUUGUGGUUACACACGUUAGCUGUAAUCAUCAGUAUACAACUUCACCUUCAGCUUUUUUCCACGCCUUCACUCACAAUGUUGAGGCAGUGCUCCUCACCUGCAAUGCUGCAUUUGAACACACAGAGGUGCCCCACCAUCACAAUCCCCUGAUGCGCAUAUUCACAUGGUGAUUGGCCAUGUUUCUGUCUGUACAGUGAUAAUGUCUCUUUGUAAAACACAGCAAAGAGUAUCUGAUUACACAAAGAAAGAGAAGGGUCAAGUGUUACUGUCACAUACCUAAACAAUAGGAAACAAACUUGUAAUCAGUUUAAAGAAUGACAUAGAAAUGUUUUUAUUGACUGUACUUGAAAGGCAUUGUCAUAACUGUCAUUCCAGUUUAACGUUUUUUUAAUUCACUUUUCUCUGUUUUGUGUUUUUAAACAGUGUUUUCAAUUUCCGCCUUGCUUGUGUUAAAUUCUGGGUUUCCUGUCAUGUAUGAAUGUGGUCUCACACUUUUGUUCUCUCAGGGUUCACCUACAUCUCAAAGGGUCUGACAGUCUUAAGUAGUAGACCUAUAUGGUACUUUUUAAAACUGUUGUUAGAUUAAAAAAAAAUGCUUUGGGCAUUUAAGUUAAAAUUAAUGCUUUGGUGACUCUGUAAUGAAGUGAUAUUGACCUAUAAUAGAACUAACUAAAAUUCCUUGAUAGUUAACUUAUACAGUUAAUUGUUGCAUUGGCAAUUGGCAUAAUGUUUAAAUAAUUAUCUUUUUAAAGCUUUAAGUUUGUAAAAUGAUUAUGACUCACUUUUGUGUGGUUGUUAAUGGAGAACUAAUCCUGGAAUCAUGCCAUCGGUAAACUAAGGAUUUUUUGUAAAGGACUAGUGUGUAGGAUUUAGUGGCAUCUGGAGGUAUAGUUGCAGAUUACAACAUAAUCCCCAUUCAAAGCAUGUAGGAGAAACUACAGUGGGCCAAACUUGCAAAAGGCCCCAUCUAGAGUUGUUUUUUUCUGUUCUGGGCUACUGUUGAAAGAUAUCAGUCCAACCUGGGAGGGCCUGCGCCCUCUAUACAUAACAACUCAUUCUAAGGUAACGAAAUCACAACAAUUCUUAUUUUCAGGUUAUUGUACACUAAUGAAAACAUAUGAAUAUUAUAUUCAAUUUCUGCUAAAUGAUCCUCCUGAAUGUUACACACUGGACCUUUUUUUUAAGUGUACUGGUUCACAGAUAUUAAUGUAGGAGUGAGGGUGUGUUAUUUAAUUAUGGAAAAUUCUGUUAAAAUUCUGUCUCAUCUCUUAUUCACUGCACAGUAUAAGAUAAAUAUUAAAUAUGUAGCUCUCUGUAUACAGUUUUUCUAUAAUUGUGAAAUAAAACAGCAUCCUACAGUAAAAAGUAAAA